AUGGCAUUCAACUUACCUACCCACAGAUUCAGUGCUUUCAGGCCAUGGUACAAUCUGUAUCGCAGGCCACCACCACACUCCCUCAGGGAAUCCUUGAAGGCAUACAAAAUACAAGAAAUAGAAUGGAGUAUCAAGGUAUCAAAUGAAUCCUUUGAACAUGAACUUCAGCAACACGAAAGCCACGACGCGUUGAUGGGAUCUGCCAUGGAUCUCUACCUGCCCAUCGCCGCAGGUAGUAGCACGUAUGGCUGCGUGGACACCACUAUGGAAAAUGACGAAGAAGUUGAACUUCUGAGCAUAGUUUCAGUAACAAAUAUCUGGGGUGAUGCUGGAUGGUCUCGGUACCAGUUGCCGAAGAAGGAAAAACUCGUUCGCGGCCUGCACAAAGGCAUAAAUAAGUACAUCGAUCGCCACUGCAAGAAGCAUGCGAAAACUGACCGUUUACACGAGCGCAUGUACAUCAUGCUCCGAGCUGCACUGGUUGAUGUGGAUAUUGACAAGAUCAUGCUCGCUAAGAAACGGGCAGAGCAAUCUCAGAACGACCUCAUCUCACCUGCAGUAGCGGAAUGCAUUUUCAACAGAGUGGACAAUUUCGUCUCCGAGAGAGUGAAACAUGGCUUCUUAUUCCUUGGAGCUGCACCGACCAUGAAAUUAUCAGCGUCAAGCGCUAUGUACAAUCAAACCACAAUGCCCGGACACUUUGCCGACUGA